AUGGACGGAAGACAAACGGAAUAUCCGCAGUCAGGUUUGAGCUCGCCCUACCCAACCUUCCCUAAACCGCCUUCUGAGGACUCUUCUGCAGAUCAAGCAUCUGCUGCGCAAUUCCCUCAAGGACAAGAUCCACGAACAUCAAAUUUGACUCCUACUUCCGACUACACCAUCAACCCAUCUUCUGCCCGCUCAGGGUCAUUUCCGGAGUACAUUCAACGAUCAUACCAGCCCGGCGCUCAAGGGGCGAACGCUGGAGGUAUGGCGCAACCACAAAGUCCGUCAAUGCCUCUGCAAGAUGGCCAGCAAAAUGACCAUCAACAACAACUCAAGUCUGACUCCGAUGUACCUAUAGAUCCAUCAAUUGCGGCGGCGCCGAGCCCUACUUACGCUCAACACGGUCAAUACUCUCCCUACACUCCGCACCACGAUAUGCAACAUUACCCUGGACAUCCUACGACGCCAAUGUACGGCACGCGACCGGAAUGGGCAGGGCAGUACCCUCAGCACGCGAUGCCAUACGGUCAUCCUUCAACAUCAGGUCCACCAGCACCUUCAAUGGUUUCCCCGGUUCAGCGCCCACCAACGGGCGGUCAUCCAUUGUCCACUGUGUACUCAUUCGUUCCAAUUCCAGGCGCGCAGCAGCACAAACGACCGCGGAGGCGAUAUGAGGAAAUUGAACGAAUGUACAAGUGCGGCUGGAAUGGCUGCGAGAAAGCUUACGGCACACUCAAUCACCUCAACGCGCAUGUGACGAUGCAAUCGCACGGCGCGAAGCGAACCCCAGAAGAAUUCAAAGAAAUUCGUAAAGAAUGGAAAGCGAAGAAGAAGGAGGAGGAAGCCCAGCGUAAAGCCGAGGAAGAUAGGCAUCGUACCGCCGACGGUCGUGCUCCUCACGACAACGGGACUGACGCUCCCGUGUAUGGUCAAAUGCGACAAGCCGUUGGGGGACCUGGGCAAGUCCCCGGUCACCCCCAGCUACCACCGAUCGGUUAUCAACCUGCUGCCGCAGGCAACACGUCGGGUCCUCAGUAUGGCACGCAGAGCCCUGGGCUUGCAGAGGGAAUGGCUCAGUAUGGCGCCGCCAACAGCUACCACAGUCCCAAUAGUAACAGUAGCAGUUACCCUCAAUCGCCUUACGGCCAAAACCCGCAGAUGUACCAACAAGGUCAUUAA